CCGUCAGCGCGGUCGCCGUGACCGAGGGCUCGCCGGGAACUAGAGUCUCGUCUCCGCAUCUCCCCAUUUUCCACAGGUUUCGCGAGAUUUACGCAGGCGGGUUUUGGCGUGUGGCAGCGUUUCUCUGCCGAGGCGAACUGAACAAUACUGACAUGACAUCUGCGUAAAGGAGCCUUUGACUCUCUGGAGGCAUGUCCAAGAAAAGGGGCAGAAAGCGGAGUAGCGGCGAGCUGAGCGACACGUUGGCCCCGGACCCCAACAGCAUUCUGGGAGUCCGCAUUCAGCACAACUGGCGCGAGAAGGGGAACCAGAGCAAGUGGAAGGGAACGGUGCUGGACCGGCUCAGCGUCAACCCGUCGCUCUUCAUGGUGAAGUACGACGGCUUCGACUGCGUCUACGGCAUCGAGCUGUUCAAGGACGAGCGGGUGUCGGGCCUGCACGUGCUGUCGGAGAAAGUCGUGAACAACAAGAUUAAGAUACCUCCCGGGGCGGAGGAGCUGGUGGGCAAAGCCGUGGAGCAUCUGUUCGAAAAGGAGGAUGGCGAGAAGAACGAGUGGCGAGGAAUGGUCCUCUCCAGAGCGCCGAUCAUGACCAACUGGUAUUAUAUCACUUAUGAAAAGGACCCCGUACUAUAUAUGUACCAGCUGUGGGACGACUACGCUGACGGAGACCUCCGGAUUCUGCCUGAAGCAGGUACUUGUGAUGUGUGUGUGUGACAAAGAGGGAUUGAUGGCUCAUAAAGAGUUAUUGAAUACUUUUGCCCCGAAGCAUCA